AUGCCUGCUGCCACACCACCAGCCGAAAAUGGCGCGCCGCGCAGCGAGUUGGAACAACUCCAAUUACGAGCCGGCGAAGUUACUGAUGAGUCACUGGAAUCAACUCGGCGUAUGAUGCAACUAUGCGAGGAGAGCAAGGAGGCCGGCAUACGAACUCUGGUCGCUCUAGAUGACCAGGGAGAGCAAUUGGAUAGAAUUGAGGAGGGGAUGGACCAGAUAAACGCAGACAUGCGUGAGGCCGAGAAAAAUCUGUCUGGAAUGGAGAAGUGCUGUGGUAUCUGCGUGUUGCCUUGUAACAAGGGAGCAUCGUUCAAGGAAGAUGACGGUACAUGGAAGGGCAACGAUGACGGUAAGGUAGUCAACAACCAGCCGCAACGGGUGAUGGACGAGCGCAAUGGAAUUGGACCGCAAGCUGGAUACAUUGGCAGGAUAACAAACGACGCUCGCGAAGAUGAGAUGGAAGAGAACAUGGGGCAAGUGAAUACUAUGAUCGGUAACUUGCGUAACAUGGCUAUUGACAUGGGCUCUGAACUUGAGAACCAGAACAGGCAGAUCGACCGUAUCAACCGCAAGGGUGAUUCGAAUGAAACAAGAAUAAAGGUCGCCAACCAGCGCGCACACGAGCUCCUCAAGUAA